GUAUUCUCUUUGUUUCUACUUCUAUAAUGAUGAGAGAACUAUUUGCUUGAGCCGAGCGUGAGCUUUCUGGAGCAGGUAAUUGUAAUUCAUCACAGUGUAUUUUUUUUUUUUUUUUUUUUGUUGCAAAAGUUUGUUUUUCUCUAUUUCUCCAAUUUCUCGUUCUCAACAUAUUUCCCAAUUUCCUUACCUUUCUUGUUUUCGGUUGAUUCUCUCAAUUUCUCGCUGUCUGCGGCAGCUUUCCCAAUUUCCUUAUUUUCAUUAUUUUCAGUAUUUCUCUAUUUCCUUGAAAUCUCUACAUCAUAUUUUCAAUUUCUUAAGAAAUUACAUAAAUUUAAGAGUAUAUACACAACUGCUCUUAGAAGAUAGAAACACAAUUUGUAUUGUUUAUAUGUUGGAAGAGAUCUGUUUCUUUGUUGGAAGUCUAUACUACAUCUAUAAGAUUUUUAGAGGAAUUAAACUGCAGACACGAAUGACACACACGUUUUUUCAAAAAUAGCUAAAAUUUUGGGAUGUAACACUGUCAACAAAAUUGCCGGGAAUAUAUAAUAUGAAACAAGAACGAAAGACUUAGAAAAAAUUAAAAUAUUAAAAUUUAUUAUAGUUUUUGAUCAAAUUUAUUCUUACUUUUGUUGAAAUUCAUAUUAUUUUUUAAUAUAUUUGUUUUUUAAGGAAUGGGGGAGUAUUAGAAUUUGGCGUUUUUAAAGUGGAGUAGAGUUGGGCUUUUAUAUGAUAGUAUUAGGCCCAAAAGUAAUUAUUUGGAAUGUGAGCGACGUCUCUGUUGGUGUCACCGCUUUCCCGUUUGUAUCCCUCAAAACCCUCCUUAACCCCACCCCCAACACCUCCGAUCCAAUGCUGAUUCGCCGAGCAGCAAUCCACCAUCUCCGCCGCUUCUCCACCGCCGCGCUCCUCCAGGAAGUGGACGCUCUUCCUACAUUCACUUACCUGGACGGAUUCCCCAGGCCCGACCCCAAAUACCACGAGACCAUCCAUGCGAUCCCACGCGAUGCCUCCGGUAAGAGCAUCUCGGCCAAGGAGAGGAAGGCCGGCCGCGUUCCGAGCAUCGUCUUCGAGGCGGAGGAUGGCCAGCACGGCGGCAACAAGCGCAUCAUUUCCGUGCAGAGCAAUCAGGUUAAGAAGCUCGUGAAUCAUUUAGGGCGGUCUUUCUUUCUCUCCAGGCUCUUUGAUCUCGAGGUCCGGCCGGAGUUCGGGUCCGGUGAGGUUGUGGAGAAAGUCCGAGUAUUGCCUCGGAUGCUCCAUCUUCAUCCGAGCACAGAUGCGGUGCUUAAUGUUACAUUCAUAAGGGCUCCAUCUAGUGCUUGGUUGAAGGUUGAUGUUCCUCUAGUAUUUAGAGGAGAUGAUGUUUCCCCUGGGCUCAAGAAGGGGUCGUCUCUAAACAUUAUCAAGAGAACUGUGAAGUACCUUUGUCCUGCAGAUAUAAUCCCUCCCUUCAUAGACGUUGAUUUAAGUGAGCUCGAUGUUGGCGAGAAGAUCGUUGCUGGUAAUCUUAACGUUCAUCCUGCUCUCAAGUUGCUAAGAUCGAAGGAUGAAGCUGUCGUCAAGAUAAUGGGCGCCAGGGUUUCUGAGCAAAGGAAAUCCAAGUAAGUUGUCAGGUUCCAAAUUAGUCUUUUGGUAGAGAAAUCUUCAAUUGUAAAAGAAUCCCUUAACUGUAUAAGGCCACGCAGCCGAUAUGAUCUUUCCAUUUUUGCGAUUUAGAAGAGUUGCUUUAGCUGAAUUCUAUCUAGGAGCGAUUUUUCCCUCUCAUCUACAAAGAAAGCGUGGUGUUAUUGAAGCCUACAUUUUUAGGGGAAAUUGUAUCUUAUUAACAGCUUUCGCAUCGAUGAUAAUGAUAUAAAAAAAAGUAGUGUUUUCGCAGUUGAUCAAA